AUGGUGGCAAAUGGGCUGAUUUUCUGUUUGGACACGGCCACAAGGGAAUUAUAUGCAUGCGAAGGUCUGUCCACGGAACCGACCGUCUUUCCUGUUGCUGAGAAAGGCCGCUGGUACAUUGGCGAUCUGGACCUGAACGCCUGGCUCGAAGUCGAAACGGUCACGCGCGGCGAUACCAUGGUUGUUUCCGUACAAGGCCGACGACUUGCAUUCAUCGAGGGCCUGAACAUCAAACCCAUCCUUAGCGGAAGCGCGAAUAACACGGGAUCUAUCGCCUUUGGCGGGCCGUGUAAGUGGGUAGCUGUGUAUCGCCACCUCAAUGUGCUCAGUGGUGGGGGCGAGAGUCUAUACCAGAAUACCAUGUUGCCUCAUGACCAAAGCCGAACAUUGGAUGACUUCCAGGUUGGAACGAAUGGGCUCGCUUGUACGAUCGAUGGUGCAAAAAGAGACCGCGCUUGUUUCGGUGGAGACCUUUAUGUCAUGGGUCGAUCAAUUGCUCACUCUACUAUGACGUUCGACGCAAUAGCAGGCAGUAUUGAGCUCCUGACCAGCCACCAAACCAGCGAGGGAUAUCUCGGCAACCUCUGUCCCAUCCAGGCGCCCGUUCACGAAGGGAACGAGGAGCCUCCAACAUAUGCCUUCUAUUCCCUGUCUUACGCGUUGCUACUCGUUGUUGCAAUCAAGGAUCACUGGCUACAUACGGGUGACGUAAGGACGAAAACGCGAUGUUUCCAGCGUCUAGAACAUCUCAUGGCUUACACAGCGGAGUACCUCAGCGCAGGGGUAGUAGUAGCUCCUCCGCCUCUGUCAAUGCAUUGGUUCCCACUUGGCGGCCCGAUUUUCGGUCCCUCGAGUCCACUGAAUAAUGCAUAUUACGAGGCCCUGCAAGCCAUGUCGGUGAUGUCCGAUGACCCAGAAGCCAAGCAAAAAUAUCUAUCGCAAGCCAAGAAGCUUAAGGUGGAGGUACUGAAACGCUUCUACGAUGCUUCCACCGGUGUCUAUCGCCUGAAUGAAGAUCUACCAAGCGACGGUAUCUGUCAAGAUAACAAAGCCCAUGCCGUGACUAUGGGGCUGCUUCCUAGUCAUGCGAACGAUCUUGAGCAUUUGAUUGACCCACAAUCGCAGCUCCCUCGUGCCUUCCGGGGCCUUGCUCAUUGGAGUGUAGCGGACAUUGUCAGUCCGUACGCAACAGGGUUCGCAGUUGAGGCAUUGUUUUCACGACAUCAAGGUCUUGAAGCGCGGAGGCUCAUCGAGCGCGUCUGGGGACCGAUGGCUGACACAUCAAAUCCAAACUACUCUGGAGGACAUUGGGAAGCCAUGAAGACAGACGGAACGCCGCACGGUCACGACACGUCGUUGAUGCAUGGCUGGUCGACGUGGCCAGUGUCACUUCUGCCUCGAUAUUUAGCAGGGCUUCAGCCUACCGAGCCAGGCUGGACGUCGUUUCGCAUCGCACCAGUCUUUGCCGGUCUAGAGAGGAUCAAUUGCACCCUUGCGACCGUCGCUGGUAGUAUCGGCGUAGAAAUCAAGAUUGAUGAAGCGGAGGGUCACGGCACGCUGAAAGUCAUGGCGCCUUUUGGCGUUCAUGCGCAGCUGCAGCCACCUAGGGAAUGGGUCAUACAAGGACCAGAGUCCAUUAUGGGAACAGGCGCAUGGCAAAACGUAUUGUUGUUCAAAUCCGCCGUGGCUUCCGGGGCACAAGAGUAUCCAGAUGCAAUGCUACAAGCUACUCCGAUCUGCGCGGGCGGGCGGUAA